AUGCAGUAUUUGCAUCUUGUUUUAGAAAAAGUCAUAACGGUCAACACCGACAACGGUUUUCCGGUUAGAAAGCCUUGGAAAAGUCCGUUAUUUCUGAGCGCGUGUUGUGCUUAUCUCGAGCAUACAAUAUAUUCAAAACUCAAUUCUAUGCAGGAGCAAGAUUUUGCGUUCUAUUUUGCUUUUAACACAGAAUGGUAUGAUCCGACAUCUAGGCUUCGAAGAAAAUUCAUUGUAUCUUACUAUCCAGCAGAUGAGACGGUGGCAAUGUGGGAUAAAACCUUCAAAAAGAAGUUUUUGCAGCGAAUGAAUGUUGGACUCAAAUCCGAAGAUUUUUUUGUCGGAAACAGGAUCACCCUCAACUUCAGGCCGAUGUAUAUUGUUUCAUAUGCCAACGAAUUCACCAAGAAUUAUUUUAGUUCCCGCCUCACAGUAACGUUUGCAUUAAUAAAACCUAAUGCUGCACCCGAUAUGGGAGCUAUAUUACACAUAAUCAAUUCUAAAGGAUUUCGAUUUGUAAGACUGAAAAUGUCUAAACUUACUAGGCCCCAAGCAAGAAGCGUUUAUGGACACAUGUCAUCUGAGGAUCAAAUGCUUGCAAUGCUUAUAAAUGAAAUAACAUCCGGAUAUGUUAUUGGAAUGAUACUGGCUGCGGAAAAUGCUAUUAAAGCAUUUAUGGAGUUAAUUGGACCUGAAGAUCCAGCCGACGCAAAGGAACAAGCGCCUUGCUCCAUACGUGCAUUGUAUGGACAAACCAAGUUGAAAAAUGCUAUUUAUGGCUCAACUACAUAUGACGAACUUGUUAGGGAUUCUGCGAUAUUCUUCCCUCCAGAUCCAACAAAUGGGAUCACAAAUACUGUACAUUUGGGUAAUUCUACCCUUUGUAUAAUUAAACCUCAUGCGAUCAAAGAUCAGAUGACUGGGGCCAUCAUUCAACAAAUUCAAAAAUGCGGAUUCGUAAUUGGAGCCAUGCAAAUGUUUUAUAUGGACAAAGUGAAUAUGCUCGAGUACUUAGAUGUCUACCGAAACUUGCAUGCUGAUUAUCCGAGAAUGGUGUCAUCAAUGAUUGAGGGACCGCUAAUUGCAAUGGAAAUUAUGACUCCAGAUAAUGACCCUGAUAUUGUGCAGUUGUUUAAGGAUAUCUGCGGUCCUUCACAUCCAGAAAAAGCACGCCGCAUUAAACCUUGGACACUUCGUGCAAAGUUUGGGCAGACGAGAAUAUAUAAUGCAAUACAUUGUACUGAACUUCCGUGUGAUGGAACUUUAGAAGUCUGCUACUUUUUCAAGAUAUUAGAAGAUUUGGCGUAUUAG